AUGCUUUGCGAUUUCCACCCUGAAACCCUGAGCGCGGCGUCUCCGGGAAAGCUGGCCGGUGCCACUCUCCGGCCCCCACGCCGCUCUGGACCGGCCUGUGGUCCGCUCCUUCACCCCGGCGAGAAGGCCCAGGGCGGCUCGGCGCGGAGAGCAGCGAGCCAGAGGGACGCAUUAUCCGGAGACGCGUGGUCCAAGCGCGACUCCGCAGAGCGGUCCUGGGAGCGGGCAGGGCUGCGGGCAUGGGGUCGGCCCGGCUCCGAGCCCGGGUCUGGAAGCGUCGGAACUCCCGGCAGCAUCGCCCUAAGUCACGCCGGAAGCCGCCCUCCCGCCCGGGAAGGCGCUGUGGGUUGGCGGUCCAGCCAGAUGGGCCGCAGCCCCGGCGUGGCCGGGCCGAUACGUGCCCCCCCCCCCGGCCUUCCACCCUCACCUUCUCCCUGCAUCACAGAGAGAAGCAAGCACAAGGCCCGGAGGAGACCUCGAGCCAGCUCCUCCUCCUCUUCUUCCAGUUCUUCUAGCUCCUCUUCCUCCUCGUCCUCCUCCUCCUCUUCCUCCAGUGAUGGCCGGAAGAAGCGGGGGAAGCACAAGGAUAAGAAGAGGAAGAAGAAGAGGAAGAGGAAGAGGAAGAAGAAGCUGAAGAAGAAAGACAAAGAGAAGGCGGAGGUGCAGCAGGCCGAGGCUCUGCCCGGCCCCUCGCUGGACCAGUGGCACCGAUCAGCCGGGGAGGAGGAGGAUGGCCCAGUCCUGACUGAUGAGCAGAAGUCCCGCAUCCAGGCCAUGAAGCCCAUGACCAAGGCGGAGUGGGACGCCCGGCAGAGCGUCAUCCGCAAGGUGGUGGACCCGGAGACGGGACGCACAAGGCUUAUCAAAGGUGAUGGAGAGGUCUUAGAGGAAAUCGUAACCAAAGAACGACACAGAGAGAUCAAUAAGCAAGCCACCCGAGGGGAUGGCCUGGCCUUCCAGAUGAGAGCCGGGCUGCUUCCCUGAGGGCUCCAGCUGCUCGGGGCCUGUGGACUGCUGAUGGAGCUUGGACUCAGGCCUCUGGGAGGGGGCGGCUAGCCUGAUGGGCAUACCUGCCUACCUGUGGGGGGCCCACGCUGGCCUAGUGGCCUCUCAGGAAGGGGUAGAGGACUGGAUCACUAGCCCUAAAGCAUCUGAAGAGUGCUGCAUCUCAAUAUUAAAUGAAUAUUAAAUGUUCCCUGGCCACAGA